GUCCGACCGGGAUUUACUCUUGAUGAAAUUGUGGCGAUCCUAAUUAAAAAAAAAAUGGUCAUUUUUCGAUUGGAGGAUGAUUUCUGGUAGGUAACAAGUAAAAGUUGUGAACAGAAAAAAAAAAAAAAAAAAUGAAAAUCGAUUUAUCGCGGUUAAUUGGCUUCGCCCGUGUAACCGGCCGGUAGACGCAUUGCACGUUCGAUAUCUCGUACCUACCCAGGGAAACGUUAUCAGUUAGCAGUUGAGAACACUAUGUGUCCGACGGGAUCGCAUUUUCAUCGUUUUAUCGAUCCGUUACCGACAACCAAUUAUUACUACGGUGUCCGGCGUCCGUGCAGCGGAAAAACGAUGAACGACGACGACUGUCGCGCCAUCACCGUCGUCCGUUUUCCGUCCCGCAGGGUCGUCCUCGCUGUAGAUUGAUUACAACAACGCGUUGGGUAAUACUUAAAUAUUUCUGUAUGUUACUUGUUGUAUUUAUAUUUAUUGGGCAGGUACUCAAAAGAGGACUUGUGCGCCGAAUCGCCGUCAUCACGCCAUAAAUCGAUCACCGUGCACUCGGCUUCGUUUCCGUCCGUCGCAAACAUGUCGCGGGAUUACUUCAACUUGCGGUUCGUGGUCACGCCGCCGACGUUGUCUUUUACGAAGUACAACUGCGUCAAAGAACAGGGCAAUCAGGUAAGUGAUUACUCACGCGAUUAGGUCGGUUGUUUAUCUAUGUAGGUAGGUAUCUACACUACAGUGGCGUGUCCGGGAAUUUUCAACGGGAGUGUAUGUAACAAAUCAAAAAAUCGUGAAAAAGAGUGAAAUCGUCUUCCCUGCCCAACUCGACUAUGAGAAUUGUUAACUUAAAAGCCGAAUACUAAAAAAAAAAUAAGCAAAGCCAAUUUGCCUAAUAAACACAAUUAGCUUUUUCUCGGAAAUCGGCCGAAAUUUAUGAGUUUCGAUAUUAGAUUAUUCAUAUUUUGUUGUAUUUUUAAGACAAUGGGGGGGAUAUAACCCCUGACCUACCCCUCUGGGCACGCUACUGCCUAUACAGUACACCAGUGGCCCGACGAAGUAGAUUUUUUUCAAAGCGAUUACCAGCUGGUGACUAAAAUGGAUGGGUGGGUGAGUAACGAAAUUUGUUGAAUUCUGAUUAAGAUUAACUUCUUAGUUCAGAGGUCGGAGAUGUCUUUAGUUUUGUGUAUUAUAAUAUUAAUAUACCUACAUACAUAUAAAAAUCUAUAUUAUGUAGUAAUUUAGCUAAAUAAGACUUGCUAUGAGACAAAUUAUUUAUAACAUAAAAAAUCCAUUUUUGUAAUGGACGUGUCAUAAUUUUUCCUCAAGUAUAAAAAUGUUUAGCACACCACUGCAAUACAAACUGCACUGCUGUUCGCGAUGGCUGAACAAAACAAGUGCUGUGGUACACACUGAGCGAGCUUAAUAAUUAAGUCGGGUUUUCGGAGCUACUCGUGAUGCAUUUACUUUCUAUAAGGUUAUAUAAUACUUAUAAACAUAAGUAAUCUUGAAAUUAUACCUAAAUGGGCACCUAUAAGAUAAUUUCCAGAAUAAGGAUAAACUAGUGCCAGGUUUCCUAACGCGCAUUUAAAGACUAAUUUAUAGAACAUGAUGGAUAUAAGAAUACAAAAAUGUUAUGAUAGUUUAAUUACAAAAAUCAUUAGGCUGUGUCGUGCAUUAAGGCUUAAUAAAAAAUAUAUUUGUUUGUGUUUCUUAAUAUUCUCCGAGAGGGAUAUGUCCCUCUCUUGCUCUUCCCUCCUCCUCAAUAGGUACCCAUUGUUACCUGUAGAACUCACUUUAUAAUAUUUCGAAUAAAUUAAUAAAAAAAAAAAAUUUGAUUAGUGUAAACUUGCCUUCUAUUUCAUUUAUUGUGAUUAUUUUUUCUAGUCUAUACUACCUUACCUUAAAGAAUAUUAAUUGUAGGUACCUACUUAAUUUUAAUAAUAAUUAAUUUGCAGUUUGGAUUUUUGAUCGGCGAAAGAAAAAUAAAAGUAUCAAAUAUAAUUACUGACGAAUCAUUGAACAACACCAUAACCGAAGAAACAAUAUGUAAUACCUUCUAACAGUUUUAUAACAAACCAAUUAUAUUGUUACUGUAUAUUUUAAAUAUAUAUUAUUUUAUUUUAGGUGUUCAUUCAUCUUUUCCACUUGUAGAUUUUGUUGACUCAUUGUGCUCCAACCCUAUGCAAAUAGAUUUAAAAAAAUUGAAAAGCUUUUUGCAAAAAUGUCCUGGAAAUUACGAGGUAUACCAACAGAAAAUAACUUAUUUUUUAUUGACAGUGUUUGAUUUUAGUACUUGUCUAAAUUCUACUCAUUAUUAUUUUUUAGAAAUCCAUAAUUGGAUGGUACAGAUUCCGAAAAAACUCUGUUUUGACUCCCAGUAUUUCUGAUAUCCGUUUUCAUACUCAGCUGAGUACUUUUUUUGACAAAAUAAGUAUUCAAUCAAACAAAUUUCUGUUGUGCAUGUUCAACCAUAAUUUCGCUAAUAACUUGGAUCACAACUUCAGUCAUAUAUUUUACAGAUGUGAAAACGGGUAAAUAAUUGAAAAAUAAUUUAUUAAAAAUUUAUCAUAUAGUUAUAAUUUAUUAUUGUAUAAGUAUCACAGAACUUUAAAAACAACUAGAUAGCAGACUCUAUUAUAGGUUUUUUUAUUACAUAGUUAUUGUUCUGAUAUUACAGAGUGUGAUUUUUAAGUAAAGAGACUUGCUAUAUCGCGUUUUCCAGUGAUAGGGGAUCCAAGCUAACCUAACCUAAGCAACCUUCAAGCUCGUACUCAGUGUGCAUCUGUGAUAGUACGGAGUGCUUACGUUCACCUGGGGAAAACGCUCGCAGAGACAAUUUCCAUCAUCAAUUAGGCCUUCAAAAAAAAAAAGCUCUAUUCAAAGCCCAAGUGUUUCACUGGCACAGCGACUUUCGGAAAGGACAAGAAACUGAUGAAGACCAGAUGGCAAUGUAGCAAAAGUCAAGAAUCUGAUAGACACAGAUUGUCAGUUAUCCUUAAGAUUAAUGGCUGAGAAACUGUAAAUGAGCUACACAUCAGUAAGCAAGAUUGUUGUACACGAUUUAAGGAUGCCAAAAAUAUUACCAUGGUUGCCAGGGGUCAUUUGCAGCAAUACAUUAAAGCAGGAGAAGAGUAUUUUGAAAACUUUAAGUUGCUGUGUAUCGAUAAGAACAAUAAAACAAUGUUUCCAGAUCCAUUCUCAUUACUUAAAAAUCACUUCUUGUAUAACAAUAAUAAAUAACAUAAAACUUUUGAAUCUAUGAGGGCGUACCCAAAAGAAACCGAACUGAUGUUGUGUGGGACAGAGUUUUAGUAGUACCGAUUUUUUUUCCGGUAGGGGCGUAUAAAUAUACUUCUCAACAUUCAAUAUGGCAACAACCAUCAUCGUGGAAGGUUGUGUUACGUUGGUGUGAUAUUUUUUUAAAAGUAAUUUUUCGUACUUGUCGUUUUUGUAAUGGCUGAUUUGCGUGAACAGCGCGCGGUCUUCAAGUUUUGCUUCCUGCUCGGGAAAACAGGCACAGAAACCCUUGAGAUGUUGAAAACAGCUUACAAAGGUGAUGAUUUAGGGAAAACUCAAGUAUUUAAGUGGUUUUCCCGUUUCGAAAGUGGUGAAAUGUCGAUAGACGACCAAGCUUGCUCCUUCGACAUCGCGAACCAACAAAAAUGUAAAAAAAAUUCACAAAAUUAUCCUGGAAGAUCAAUGGCAAACCAUCGAAGAAGUAGUGGAGAGAUCUGGUGUGACAUGGAGUUCAGUACAGAGAAUUUUAAGUGAAGAUUUGGGGAUGAAACGGGUAGCUGCAAAAUUUGNGCGGCCGUCAAGUUUUGCUUCCUGCUCGGGAAAACAAGUACAGAAACCCUUGAAAUGUUGAAAACAGCUUACAAAGGUGAUGCUUUAGGGAAAACUCAAGUAUUUGAGUGGUUUUCCCGUUUCAAAAGUGGUAAAAUGUCGAUAGAUGACCAAGUUCGCUCUGGACGUCUUUCGACGGUUCGAACCAAUGAAAAUGUAGAAAAAUUCACAAAAUUAUCCUGGAAAUCGACGGCAAACUAUCGAAGAAGUAGUGAAAAGAUCUGGUGUGACAUGGAGUUCAGUACAGAGAAUUUUAAGUGAAGAUUUGGGGAUGAGACGGGUGGCUGCAAAAUUUGUUCCUCGACUGCUAACUGAGCAGCAAAACCAAGGCCGCGUGGAAUCAUGCUCUUCUUUGAAAGAAGAAUUCCAAAAUGACCCAAACUUCUUUUCCAAGGUUAUUACAGGUGACGAAUUAUGGUGCUAUGGAUAUGAUCCUGAAACCAAGCAACAAUCGAGCCAAUUGAAGACUCCAGCAUCGCCUCGCCCUAAAAAAAGCUCGUCAAGUGAGGUCAAACAUUAAGACAAUGCUCAUUUGUUUUUUUAUGUGAGAGGAGUCGUCCAUUCAGAGUUUGUUCCACCUGGUCAGACAGUUAACCAGGCAUUUUACCUAGAGGUGUUAAAAAGAUUAUACAACAGUUUGAGGCGAAAAAGACCUGAUUUGUGGCAGUCAGGAGACUGGUUUUUUCAUCACGACAAUGCUUCUGCUCACACAGCCCUUUCUGUACGGCGGUUUUUGACCAAAAAUGAUAUGACCACUGUGUCCCAUCCACCCUAUUCACCCAACCUGUCUCCCUGAGACUUCUUUUUAUUCCCCAGAAUGAAAAGGAACAUGAAAGGAAAGCGUUUUGCAGACAUUGAUGAAGUUAUAAAAAAAUGACAGAGGCGUUGGCAGGCAUCACAAAAGAUGAGUUUAAAAAGUGCUUCGAAAAUUGGAACAAAAGAUUGGACAUGUGCAUUAACUCCAACGGAGAGUACUUUGAAGGAGAUAAUAUGUUUUUUGUAAAAAAAUUAAAUAAAUAACUUUGUACAAAAAUAGUUCGGUUCUUUUGGGUACACCCUCGUAUCAACCAUUAUACUACCUAAUUGAAUAUUUAUUUAUUAUAAUAAAAGUGGAUAUAUUAGUUACUAUUUUAACUUAAUAUAAUUGAAACCCAGUGCAACUAUAUGUGCAACUCUUAAUUGUAACUCUAUAUAUGAAAACAAUGUCCGUUUCUUAAAGGUACAGUUUCCUAGGUGCAACCUUUUAUUGUUCAACUGAUUUCCUAGAUCGGACAUUGAUAAAUUAUAGCUGUAUUCUGCAGUAUUUGUGAACUAUUUGUACUGUGAUGAUGUUUGUAUUUUUGUUUUUUAAGUUAAGAUUUAGAAAUGAUUAUUAUAAAUAAUAACAAAAUUAUUUUACUGUUAUUUGAGAAAGAAGAGGACAAAGAUUAAUUACACAUGAUAAAAAGAAACAAAAAUAGACAGCUUAUUUCUGGAUAGAAAAUAGAAGCCUUAUGAAUGUUGUUUUUAUAUUUAUGAAGAUUGAUUAGAAAGGUCAUAAGUAGGUCUAUUUUUUCAAUGAGUUCUUCCUCAUUAAAAAUUUUGUUACAUUUUAUAUAAUUUUGUGUCAUAACGUGUGACCGAUUGCAAUACAUUGCUCUCGAACUGGUACUGUUACUGAUCACAACGAAAAAUUGUCCCAUUUUAGUGAUUACAUAUAGGAAAUCAGUCUGUAGGUUUUAAGUAUUACCAGUGUGGCUGCGACCACUGCGAACUGUACCUUAAUUAAUCUAAUGGCUGGUCAAUAAUCUGGUAUUAUCAAGGAUGAACUCAGAUAGACCAUAUUGGAAAAACCAUAAAUUUACAGAAAAAGCUACUCCAUUAGUACAAUAUGCUUUCGGGAAUUCGUUCGAUCUGGUUGCUAAUCACAAUUUAAGAAAUCAGAUUAACUAAGGAAAUGUGUAUUAAAUAAAUAUAUUCUAUAUCAAUGUUAACAUAAUAUUUGAUCUGAACAUUGCCUGUGUAGAAAAUGGCUCAUUAGAGAUGAAAUUGAGUUGGAUAUCUAGUUGUUGUAAAGUUAUAUAUUAUAUGCAUUCUGAAUGUUACAUUUUAUUCAUUAAGAAAAAACAUGUAAUAUUAUUUUAAUGUUUUAUUAGAAAAAGUUUGAGCCCCAUAAAAGUGGAUAUUGUAAACAUGAGUACAAAACCAUUUAUUGAAAAGGAAAAUGUGACCCUGGAAUAUAAAACAAACAUUGAUUUAAUCCAAAACUGUAAAUCAUAUAAAGAUGCCAAAUUCAAAGUAUUCGGAGAGGGGUAAGUCUAUUUUUACAUAAUAUAAUAAGGUAUAUUAUAUUGUUUUAUUAUUAUAUUAAUUUGUUGAUGUUAGUAACUUUUAUAUUUUUUUUCUUUACUUUUAUACAGUGUUAUUUUAGCUAAAACCUUUAUUUAUACUUUAUAAAUUAAAAAUAUUUUAACGUUUUGUAUAUUCCCCUUUUUUUUUAUUUUUCAUAAUAUUUAUGCAUUUUUUUCAUAGAAAUCUUACAUUUAAAAAAAAAAAAACAAAUAUAUGAUGGAUGAGCCACUGUUGUAGGUGAGAAGUUAGGAAGGUAAGGUUAGCAGCAAUUAAUCAUUACUGAGAAAAAACAAUUUUGAACAGAGUUCAGAUCUGUUUUUAUUGGCCAUAAUUACUAUUUUCAUCAAAAUUCUUAUAUCCAAAAAAUUCUACAUUACACUCAAUAUUUUUCUUUUGACCACUGAGUUCAACUUGUAAUGUUGAAUUUGUAAUGACCUUCCUGUUAAAUUUUCAAGCAUUUCUGUUAAGUCAAACAAUUUUAUCAACAGAGUACUUACUUAAUAAAAUGUAUGUAUAAAAUUUACAAAAUUGAAAUGUAUAAAUAGCUUAAAUAUUUUGAACAUUUUAUCACAUUAGAAAAGCCAUGUGUACAUUUUCUGUCCAAAUUUUAAAAAUGUUCAUCUCUAAAAGCAUUUUUAACUGAAUUACAACAAAAAAAAAAAAUUGAAAAUAUUAAAAGCAUUGUUUUCAUAAAUUUUUCUGUUUUACUGCUUUUUCAUGAUUUAUCUCAAUUAUUAUGGUAAAUUAAAAAAUGAGUUUCCUAAAGUUUCAACUAGAUAACAUUUAAUUUCAAAAGACAUGAUAUAGUUGAAAAUUGAAGCAAGGUUUCUGGUAGAAAUUUGUGAAUGAAAGUAAAAAUGAUAAGAGAUACUCCCUCUAAGGUGUGUAACUUUUAUUUUUUAAGUUACGACUUAGUAAUUAAAAGAAACUGUACCUACCAUCCAUUUUUGUUAUGUAUCAUCAAAACUUUUUAACUAACAAACUUAUUAUUUUUUUUUUUAACUAUUCUAACUGCUGUUCUAUCAACCAACAUUCACAAUUCAAGCUAAAAAUGUAUACAUUAUUUUUAAUAAAUUGAAAAAGUUAAAACUUAUCAAAAAAUUAUAUUUUAAAGAAAAAAAAUCAAAUGUUUACUCCAAAUAAUUUACUAUUUACUACAGUUUUUUAAUUUUAUUUUAUUACUCUACUGUAAUAUACUUGUACCUACAAUGCCUUAAAAGAAAAUCUUUUUUCUCAUAUAACAACCUCUCUUUUUAAAAAUCAGUUAUUUUGAAUAAAUAAUAAUAAAUCAUUAUAAAUUAAAUUAGAUAAUAAUUUACAUACAUUUUUAAUGGUCAAACCACAUUUCUAAGCCCAAAAUUAGCUGAUAUGGGCAUUUUAAAUUGGUUCUGUGCAAAAAUAUUUCAUUUAAAUUCUCUAAAAAACUUUUUUGUUUCAGUAUACAUUGUUUAUUCUUUCACAAAAAUCACAUACAAAUAUAUUUUUUUCAAAAAACCAAUUAACCAUUAAAUGUUUUGAUGUAUUAUAAUUAUUUUUCUUAGUGAUCUUAGAAAAUAUAAAUAAAUUUGUUUUCACUUUCAAAUGUCUUAAUUUUAAUUUUCAAAUUACAUUUUAUUAUACAUAGUAGAGAAAUAUGAAAAUAUAAUUUUUUAUAAUUUAUAAUUGUUGAAAAUUCUUUCUAUUUUGAUAAUUUUGUUUUUACUUUAUUAUUUUAUUAUUCUGUAUUAAGUAUUAUGGAGAAUAAUACAAAAUUGUUAAUUGUUUAAAUUUAUUUUGAAAGUUACAUAUUGUAGGUCCCAUGAUAAUUAUUUUCAUUUAAGGAUCUUUGUUUUAAAACAGACACAACCUAAGUCCAAGAAUAUCAGUGUACAAGUUCAACAGCGUUUUGAUUGAAGAAAUGGAUCAAUUGAUUAAAAGAAUUGUGGACAAUGAAGAGGAGGUGAUCAGGCUAAACACACUGAUAGCUGAGAAAAAAAAAGAGAUACAGUUGAAGAAAAUAAAUAAAAAAAAAUAAUGUACUUAAACAAAUUUUCCUAAGUGUAAUAGUAUUACAUUUUCUCUAAUUUAUAAUUUACUCUAACUGGACAUUUAUAUGUUUUUUUUUCUGAAUGUAUUAUUAUUGAUUCUAUUUUGAUGUAUUGAACUAUUACUAUUUGUGAAACAAAAAUAAAAUAUAAGUUACCUUUAAGUAAACUAUUAUAUAUUAAUUAUGAUAGAUUUAGCUUCCGCAUAAUUAUUAGUAAAAAUAUGUCCUAGGAUAAUGGGAACUGUUAUAGAUAAUUUUAUGUGUACUUGUAAGCAAGGAUAAACCAUUGUUUAAAAAAAAAUGAUUUUGAGAGUUCAGUUGAUAGUCAUGCUUUGUCAGCAAUAUAUAUGUCAUUUUAUAGUGAAAUAAUAAAAUAUGGUUUAUGCAUUUUCUUUAAUAA